AUGGAAAGUAGAGAUAAUGAUGAUGAAUUGAGCUUUAGUCCGGCAUUACCGAUAGAUGAGGCCAACGCAGACCAAGAUGUGCUACGCUACUUACGAGGUGUACGCAAUGAAGCCAGCACGAUGAAUCAAAUACUAUACUAUGAUAAAAGUCAGCAGGAAGACGAAGAUUCUGUUGCUUUGUUCCAGCAAGUAGAUGUUGUCGCCGACGUUGAGUUCGAUGCAUGGUCAACUCAAUUGGUUAACAAAUUCAAACUACUAAAAAAGAAACUACACACUCACGAUGUUGACACUAUACCCUACGACAACAAGUACUCCCUCAAAUGGAAAACAGCAUUUAAACAUUCACCACCAGAUAUGAAUUAUUUCCUAUAUGCAUUGGACAGGAAAAUAUGUUUUGAUAUUUUACUAGAAUUGACUAAAAGACUCAGCAUAACGAUGAAGGAUUCUUUUGGACAAUGGAUAUGGAAAGUAUUUUUGAAACUUGACAAUAUAUUAGAAGCUAGUGAGUGUUCGAUAUUGAGAGAAUUGGCCAAGACUGCGAUAAAAUUAAAGUCAAAGUUGGAAGAAAGUACCACUGUGGAAAAUUCUGUAGCCGCUUUUACAUUUGAUAUGAUCAUUGUCAUCGUGGGGACAUACUAUGGACAAUUUGACUUGUUGCAGGAGAGGUAG